CCCCCCCCGCUCCACUCUCUUCCUCCCGGCAUCCGGCGGCGGCGGCGGCGCGGCGAGAGGCCCCGGCGCCAGCGGAAAGCUCGGCGGCGGAGACAGGCCCCGGCGCCCGGCGGAACAUCCACCCGCGUCCGACCCCCCCCGUCUCCUUCUCCUCCUUCUCCCCGUCGAGGCUCGGCCCGAGGGCGGCGGCGGCUGUGACAGACGCUUUAUACUCUGAUAUGGUAGUCAUGGAAGCCUACUGUCACUCAGGUUUUAUGCUAAGAGACUGGCAAAUGGCGGAAACAUGAAUGAGACCAACUUUCCAGCACAGUGCAUGGAGUCAAAUUGAAGCAUAGCACAGUGGAUGGGAUUUUACAGCAGAACUCUUGACAUCUUGGGUACUUCAAGCAUGGUGACACCUUAAAUGCACAUAAAUGCUUAGAGAACUCCCCUGUUCAGGAUCAUUCAGUAUUGUUUACCCACCUGUAGAAAGGCAAUAGCUGGUCAUUGUUGAAAGGAUAGAACUUAAAAGGCGGGUUGAAUAUUUGCUUUAAACAGGUUAUAAUAGUAUUUUACUUGUUUGAAGAAGUGUUUUGAUCCUUGAUGAUGGAAAUUCAACUUAACAGUAGUGCAAAACCCAUAUAUUUAUCAAAAUAUUUUUCAGCAAGGUCAGUGGUUUUAGUGUGGUGCGUAUCACAUCAAAUACAUUUCAAACAAAGACACCUGGAGCUUCAUUGCAGAUGUAGUCUGUGAUAGGGGUCAUGUGCAAGCUCAUCUGAAGGACCUCUGUAGAUCAGUAGAAUGAUGCGCUGUUCUUAUCGCAACUUGAAAUUUCUCACGCAAACCACCAGUAAUGGGAAUAUUGCGGUCAUCUGCCAAGUUGACUAUCAACUUACCUACCUUCAGCCAAAAUUAAUGAUUUAGCUGAAUAUUUUGUGCUUGAUGGCUGCUCAGCCAAAGAUUUACAGGGCGUAUAUGUGCUGGAACUUCAUUCUUUUUGUUGGCAUCAUGUGAUCUAAGUUUUUUUUCCUUCCCCAGUCUGUGGACUUAAGAAGUACUGAUGCAAAUGCUACAUAUCCAGAACACGCUGAACAACAUAGAAGGGAAUGGGAAUAUAAGAUACUCAGCUUACAAAAGUGACCAGUAAAGUUCUCUCUGAGCAGCCAAAAAGCAGACAGCUCAUGACUUCUGAUCAGGACACUAAAGUUGUGGCUGAACCGCAGGUGCAGCAAGUGCAAGAAGUUAAAGACGGUUCUCAUCUAGUGCCAGCUGAGGUGGUGUCCCUGCAGAGUGUAGAGGAACAUGUCUGUGUGAGAAGCACCGAGCUAAAAGACAACGUGCUUGAAGAAGCUGGUAGCUUCAGCAGAACUCAGUCAUGGGUAAGUGGUGGUACUUUGUCAUCUCAUGAACUACAUAACACAAGAACAGAUGAAAUAGUCCUACAGAAAAACAGCGUAGAAUUUCAGACUUCACAACAAUCAAAAGGGAAUAAAGGUAAAGUACACAGCUUUUCAAAUUCAGAUAAGGAAAGCAGCGUCUCUUCUGUGUCUGUGGAACAUGAGGAUGUGGACAAAAUGGACUUGAACUGUAGACAAGAUAAACAGCAGGAUGUGUGUUCCUUCUAUGCAGUGGAAAAUCAAUGGAAUGCAGGGACAGACCUAGCCACAAUAGCUGGGGAUAUAAUAGAAUCUGGGAAACAGACAAACUCUGAAGUUCACCCAAAUGAAACAAUUAACAAUGAGGCAGAAAAUGCAAAACAGAAUUCUGAUGCUAACAUGGCUGAUCAUGACAGCAACAGCUUAAAUUUCAAUAAGGACUCAACUCAUGAUAGAAGUACUUACUGUGAGUACACUUUACCUGUAAUGCUGGACAACUGUGUGUGCAGGAGUGGGAAACUGGUAAAUGACUCUAAAACUCUUGAAGAUACGGAUAAUCUUUUUCAUAAUGACUGCAAUUUUUUACCUUCGUUGUGUCACAAUUCAUAUUUUCAUGAUCAUGAUAAACCAGUGGCAGAGGAUCAGAGCUCUAACCAUGUCAGUCCAGAACCAGAAUUUGGGAAUACUCGAGUUUCUUUUGAUCCAUUUACUGAAAUACAACCAGAAACUCCUGAAAAAAGUGUAUGUGGCAUAAAUGAAUGUGAUCUUCAGAAUGAAGUAGAACACUGUGUCAGUAUCCACUCCAAGGAGAAAAAUCUCACUGUUUCUAGUUUGUCAUCUGGUGCUGUGGAAGCUUUUACCACUGGGAAUUUAGAGCCAGAAGCUGAGACUACUGAACUAAAAGAUGCCGGUUACAUAUUAAACGCUCCUGUGAAAGACUCGACCACAAGUUGUGACCACAUGCAGUCAGAUCACAAGGUUUUCUCAAACAAAGAGCCUGGAGUUUCUGUUGACCCAGAGCAGGUAGACAAAUAUGCUGCUACUCCUUCCUAUGAAAUUCACAGUACUUGUGCUGUUGCCAGAGGAUCUCAGGGAGUGAAAAGUGAAGAGUGCGUAUUAGAUCCAAUGGAAGACGUAUCAAGUAACCAAGGAUAUUCCUAUAAACUGGACAGACAAAAUCCCCAAGUUGAAAUGUGGUCACAUCUUGUAAGUGUCCCAGGUGGCAGCGCUGAUCUGACAAAUGGGCUGUUUGCUGACACUAUCACUACUGGUAAUGGUGAAUUCCUGAUGGGCUUCUUAUGGAAUAAUGCAAUUCUUAACGGAACUGUAAAGAAUGACAGCCAAUAUAUAGAUGGUGAAAGCUUCCAGAACGAACCCGAGGAUCUAACAGGUGCUUCGUAUGCAGUGGGAAGAUACCCUUAUCAACUGCUGGCUCUAGAGAAUGUUGGUAUUUGGGACUGGCAAGAUAAAGAUGAAUGUGAGUCAGCCAAGGUUUCCGAGUUAAAUCCUAAUGCAAAGGUGUGGGGAAAUCAUAUGUUACAUUUGGAAGCAAGUGGUGCCACUGAUGGUAGCGUGAGCAAAACGUGGGAAGAAAUACCUGACCAGCCUCCAGAUUCGUGUAAAGAAGGACUGGAUGCAAAAGGAGAUGGUGACAAAAAGCAUCAGAAUGCGGUGCUGACAGAGCUGCAGGAGUCAUCGCCAGCUGUUUUGGUGUCAGACCAGACAGAUAUGAACUCUUUGGCUCUUGAUCAUUCUGAGUAUGAGUCUAUGCAUGAAACCACCCAGACAGGUGGAAAUGAACAGUUGCUGUCAGAAGGUCAGGAAGAUCUACGAGAAUUACUGAAAAAAACACUGGAAUUUUGCUUAUCUAGAGAAAAUCUUGCCAGUGACAUGUACCUUAUAUCACAGAUGGACAGUGAUCAGUAUGUGCCAAUAAUGACAGUAGCAAACCUCGAUCAUGUCAAGAAACUCAGUACUGAUAUGGAUUUGAUUGUUGAAGUGCUGAGAUCGUUGCCUUUAGUCCAAGUGGAUGAGAAGGGAGAGAAAGUUAGGCCAAAUCAGAAUCGCUGUAUUGUGAUUUUACGUGAAGUUCCUGAAUCUACCCCCAUUGAAGAGGUUGAAGCACUUUUCAAAGGAGAUAAUUUGCCUAAGUUUAUCAACUGUGAGUUUGCCUACAAUGACAACUGGUUCAUCACAUUUGAAUCAGAAGCCGAUGCACAGCAGGCUUACAGAUACCUUAGAGAAGAAGUGAAAACUUUCCAAGGAAAACCCAUUAAGGCAAGGAUAAAAGCAAAGGCAAUAGCUAUAAACACAUUUUUGCCAAAGAAUGGAUAUAGACCUCUGGAUAUGAACAUCUACACACAGCAGCGUUACACAACAUCCUUUUACUUACCUCCAGUAUACAGUCCCCAGCAGCAGUUUCCAUUGUACAGUUUAAUCGCUCCACAGACCUGGUCAACCACGCACAGCUACCUUGACCCUUCAUUGGUAACACCAUUUCCAAAUACUGGAUUUAUCAAUGGAUUCACAUCUCCGACCUUCAAGCCUGCUGCUUCUCCACUGACUACACUCAGACAGUACCCUCCCAGGAACAGGAAUCCUAGCAAGUCCCAUAUACGACAUACAAUACCCAGUGCAGAAAGGGGACCUGGGCUUCUAGACAGUCCUACAAUAUUCAACUUUUCUGCUGAUCGUUUAAUCAAUGGCGUCAGGAGUCCACAGACGCGGCAGCCGGGACAAAACAGGACACGGAUGCAGAACGCUACUACGAGUUACACCAAGAGGGAAGUAGGAACUGGGCGGAUGGAACAGACCAGCGUUGACUCGUCUCCUGGUUUAGGUCGAGGAAGGAAAAAUUCAUACGGCUACCGAAAGAAAAGGGAGGACAAAUUCACAAGAGGCCAAACACAGUCUCCACCACCCCCAAAACCUCCAUCUCCUAGCUUCGAAUUGGGUUUAUCUAGCUUUCCUCCAUUACCUGGGGCUGCUGGCAACUUAAAGACCGAAGACCUUUUUGAAAACAGACUGUCCAAUGUGGUAAUAGGAACGACUAAAGAAAGAAACAUUAAUGUGGAUGCAAGUACAAACACUAUUCCAUCAGGAAUUCCUCGCGAGCCGCUGUUGCCAGCUGCUUCUACAUUGCCCAGGACGUUUGAAAGGUCUCCUUCGCCACCCCAGUCUUCUGAGGAAUCCAAGGUCGUGGAUAAACAGCAGAGAGAGACACAGAGUGCAGAAAGGCUUUCUUCUUCCACACUCAGUACUGCAUGUAAAUCGGUACAAGUCAAUGGGGCUGCCAUAGUUUCACAGGAACUGCGAAAACCUAGUUAUGCAGAAAUUUGCCAGAGAACAACUAAAGAUCCUCCUACAUUGCAACCCCAGAAAGAACAGAAGCCAAACACUGUAGCAUGUGGGAAAGAAGAAAAAAAGCCCACAGAAACAAUAGAGAAAAACAGAGAACCUCCUCCUGCGAAGUCACAUCCAGGACAACCCAAAGACCAGAGAAGACAGUCAGGACGCAGAUCGUCCCCUCCAGCUGUUGGCAAACGCUUAAAUAAAGAACAGAGUACCCCUCCAAAAUCUCCUCAGUGAAACUAGCACCGGGGAGGGAUUCAAAGAGGUCUGCUUCCCACAAAUUAAACCCAUGUUCCCACUAAGAUACCUGAGAAUGAGUUGCUGGUUAGGAGCUUGCAGUGAUACUUAGGCAUAUAACAAUGCCUGCAAGUUAUUUUUCUGUGAAAUACUUUUUCCCCCUCUUGAACAAACAUUCUAUUUUUUUUUCUGGAUAUUUCUGGAUAGUUGUUCUAAACCUUACAUUUAGGUUGGUGCUUAAUUGGAGGUGAAGCUUAGUGUGAUUUUUUUUUUUUUUUUCAGGAUGUAAAAUAUUUGUCUUUAAAAGAAGAAUCAACUUUUUAUGAAGCCUCUCUGUGGCUGUGUGAGUGCAAGCUCUGUAUAGUGAGUUUUUUCUAAACUGUUAAGCAGAAACGUGCUGCUGCAAUAUUUUUAAUAAACUGGUCUGCAAGUACAUAUCUGAAGUGUCCAAAAGACUGAUAACGGCAGCUAGUGUGUAGGGUGCAAGAAGUAGGUAUGUUCUACAGAUUAGUACGUGACCUUGAUUUUUUUUAUUGGGCUGCUGUACUAAAGGUCAGCAAAUGAACUUGCACUUCUAGGUUAAACAAGUAGUUGUUUCUAGUGUAUUUUAAAACCUAAUAUUUUUUUCUUGAUGUUUUUGCACACACAGAAUGAAUUCCACGGAGCACCAUAGCAGUCUUUCUAAAACACUUCCCUUUAUUUUUUUGGACUUACUGCAAGCAAGUAACCAUCUCCUCACUCCAGAAUAAAACUGAUGUUAUAAUUUGCAAAUACAAAGCACAUUGUGAAUAGAAAGAACCGAGUCCGUGAGCUUCUAUGGUGGUGAAGCCUACUAGUGGAUGUUAUCAGGAGAAAGCACUGUAGCCUUCUCGUGAUAACCUUAGCUUCCCUGUGCUUGUAAGGGAGUUAACUGAGUCAGCGCUGUACGUUCUGGUUACCCCUGUGCUCUGUGUAGACUUUUUUUUUAAAUUCUGCCCCAAGUGCUCUUUGAAAGAGUUCAUAUCUCAGUCAGCUUCGUGUUGACGCCUUCCUGUAACUACAGGCAUUGGCAAAUGGAUUGAAAUUGUCCAAGAUGUGAGAUAAUGGUGUUUGUUUUGUGUGGCGGAGGAAGAGAUCCCUGAUAAUUACCUCUGGGAUGAGGUUUCUCACACUUAUUUACUUUAGAAGUGAUGCGCUUUCUGAAGGACAAGGAUGCACUAAAUUAGCAAGUUUCUAAUAAAGUUGAAUAUAAAUUAUUUUUGUUUCAAAAUGCCUAAAGCUUUUCUUUAAGUGUUUAAGCUGCAGGAAGUUCAGACUAAACUCAUUCCUGCUGACUAUGACAGUACAGUUUAUUCCACAAAAAUGUUUAUUUAAACAACUGAUUUUUUUUAAAGAAUUAUUUCCAUCCAAUAUUUAAAGACUUGAAUUUUAUUUAAACUUGAAAAUGACUUUGCCUUAACUUUUGUACAAGACAGCUUAGAGUUAAUGAGGUCUGACCCCAUUGAGGGUUAGCGUGAGUGGAAUACAGAAAUUACUCAGUUACAGUAUGUAUCUAUUGUCACUGGUCUUACUGGGUAAACAUACUGUAGUACAGGAACUAGCAGCAGUUUUUGUAAUAUACCUUAAAGAUCUUAAACAGUUGAUCUUUUUCAGAUUGUUGAAAAAAAUCUGUAAAUGCAAAUAGUCAAUACUGUAUUAAAUAUGUGCACUUGGAAGUGUGUGCUUUGCUUGUACAGUUGUAAAUAAUCAGAACAUAUAAAAAGGUACCCUAAAGAAAAAAAUCUGAUAAAAAUUAUUGAUAUUAUAAAUGUUGCUGUUGAGCUGGAUGUAGAUAAACUAAAUGUUGUGGUUUGAAUAUUACUUUAAUUUGUUGGUUUUUUUGUUUUUUUUUUUCUUUUCCUUAUUUUAUUCUGGUGUGCUGAACUGACUCUGCCUCUUCACUGCAAAAGGGAAAUGGAACGAAAGUCUUAUUUGAAAGCCCUCGAGUGUUUUCUGAACCCUCUAAAAAGCGAUUUAACCAAUUCAGAAGUGUUCUGCAAUGUAAAUAGUGAAUCUUAGCAUCGAAGCUGUAAUUUUAAGUCAUUAAUAAAAAUCAGAUUGAAUUGGGAAAAAGAACUUUAGACUGCUAAGAAAAAUAUACACGGAAGCUUACUUGUCUGCUUUCAAGAAUAUCAGUGCUUUCCUCAGCGUAUGAUUUGUAGAACUGUAAAGUAACUCUAGAGGUAACUUCUGACCAAUCUCCUGUUAGGAGCAUCAGUCGGUAACUCGUUGAAUCCAGCCUGUCGUAUGCUGCACAAUUGGUUGAAAUAGGGCGCGCUGGAACCCAUGGAUUUUCCUUGUUUAAAAAGCACACUUUGUGAGUAACUGUGGAGGGAGAUAGGACUGACAACAUCACCAAAACAGCUCAACUAGUUCUGUCGUUGGAUUUUGGUGCACUUAUCCUUUCCCCGGUGGCAGUGAAUGUGGUAGCUAGAUUUGUGUAUGGUUAAGGCUGGCUGUAUGGUUCUGCUUUGUUUGUCUGCUGAAAGUGAAGGGCUUACCAGCUGCAAACAAUCACCAGUGGUUACUUACAGACUGUGUACAGCUAGGCGUAGUGCUCAACUGGUACAUAGGGUAAUCUCUUGAGACCAGCAGGAUGUGUUGUGCUGUUCUAAUGUAUUCUGCUGCCAUUUGUGCUAGGUCAAUACACUGUAAUUACUGCUUACCCAGCAACAAUCUGUUGCAUUGAAAGUUUAAAUCUUCCUCUGAGGUGGUUUUUAUAGCUUUUUUUUAAAGAAAAAAAAAAAAAAAAGAAGAAGAAGAAGAAAGUGACAUGCCAAAUAGCUGUGUCAUGUACAACUUAUCCUACUGCAUUUUACUUUGGAGAUCUGUUUUCCACUCAAUGACAGAAUGGAGUUUUCGGAAUAGAGUUGUGAAGUUGCACGCAGACUGUUGCUACGGUGUACAGAGAUGUUAAGAUGUGGCUUUUAAAUGGAAAAGCCUCCCAAAAGCAGUAGCUGAGUUUAAAGGCCCGAGGAUACAGUAAUGAAAAUCAGCAUUUUACCUCGCAGGAUUAUGUGGUGGUGCAUUUUGAAAGCGAGUUAAGUGGGAUCUGAGACUCUUCCAGCAAUUAAAAGAAAAUAAAACCAACAAAAGCGGCUUUUUAAAGUUCAAUCUUGUUUCAGACCAGACCCCCCUCUGCUGACAUUUGUCACUGCCACGUGGCAGUGUUUUAUGUUGCCGCAUUAUCCUUUAAAAGACUCGAGCAGUUGUCACAGAAAGGCCCUUGUUGGAGUGUGGUGCAGUGUAUCACGAGCAACAGCUGACUGUAAUGGUGCAUACCUAUCUCUGUAUCUCCUUCGGCUAGAACAGUUAAGGGAUUUCAUGUGCUUUGUAACCUAUUACACUAAUAGCAGCAGACAAUCGAAGAUUUCCAAGGAGACCUAACAGCUGCCAAUUCGUGAAAUACAAGUGUAAUAUGGAAGCCUUCUUGAGGGUUUUUGUUUUUGUUCUUCUUCCAUUAAGACUGGAAUCAAGCUUACAUGUAAACUAUCAGUAAUUUAAGUUUCCUUUUUGUGUCAUAAAAUGUAAAACUGUCUAAUUUGAAAAAAAAAAAAUGUAGGUUAUGAAAAAAUAAAGAUUUAGGCACUGUUGAA